AAAAUGUCUAAAAUCGUCGAUGAUUUUGAAAAAAAUUUGAAUGAUUUGGAUUCAGAAUUGGACAAUAUACAAAAAUGCGCGCAAGAAAUAUUACAAAAAGUAGAGAAUUCAUUCUCUUAUCCAUAUUCAAUUAGUUCUGUUACAAAUGAAUUAAAUGUUCUCUUAUUAGCAACUCAACAUUUUGAAAAAAGAGCCAAAAGUUUUGGAGUAACAAGUUUAACAACAAACUCAACCACAGCAGCAUCAACCGAUAUAAAAGCAAUUAAUGAACCUGGCAGAUUAAAUACUAUGGUAGAAGAAAAGAAACUUGCUGUAGAUGCAUUGAAUCAAGAAUCAAAACGUAUUGCUGAUAAUGCUAAAGCUGCUUAUCAAUUACAAUAAUAAAUUAAUUAGUACAACGAUUUUAUGUAAUUUUUUUUUUCUUUUUACGAAAAUUAAUGUUUAUGAAUUAUACAAACAUAAUUAAUUAUAUUAAUACAAAUUUAAGAAAGUAGUUAGAAAAAAAAA